GAGUAAUCUUGUCAUGAAACUCUGCAGUGGGUGUGUGCCAUGAAUAGAAUUCGCGAGCAGUGAGGAAGACAAAGAGACGCCGGCUGCCCAGUCCCACUGUUCCACCAGCGGAUUGCAGCGUCCGUCUACCGACUUUAUCAGAUUCGUCACCUGGGACCCUUCUCUAAAUUUUGUAUCAAGAUGAGACAUCCCGCCCCUGGCCCCGGCUACGCCCCGAGUACGGGGAGGGCAACUGAUGUCGAGGUGGGCAUACCUCCCGGCGAAUCCCCCAUGGAAAACCCCUUCGCCGACAAAUACGUGCGAAUAGGUUUCAUCCGAAAGGUCUACGCGAUUCUCUCCGUGCAGAUGCUGCUAACAACGGCCAUCGUCGCUGCUUUUGUGUUUGUGCCGGAACUCAACAAGAUUGCGAAGAUGAAUAGCUGGAUUAUGAUUGCCGCGUCGUUAGCAGGCUUGGUUCUGCUGCUUGUUCUUACCUGCUGCGGGGACCUGCAGCGCUCCUUCCCGAUCAACUUCAUCCUGCUCUUUCUGUUCACGAUCUGCGAAGCGGUGGCAUUGGCCGUCGUAUGCGUGUUUCACAAGCGCGACGAAGUUUUCAUGGCAGUAGCAGUGACAGCGACAGUGUUCAUCCUGCUGACGAUUUUUGCGAUGCAAACAGCCAUCGAUUUCACGGGAUGCACUGUCGUCGCGUUUGUCCUCUUUAUACUCCUGAUGAUCUUGGGACUCGUGGCUAUGUUUUUCCGGUCAAAACUGAUUCAGAUGGUCUACGCCUGCUCCGGAGCUGCGAUAUUCUCUUUUUACAUCGUCAUGGACACGCAACUCAUCACGGGCGGCGCAAAUCGGGCCCACUCACUAUCGCCAGAGGAUUACAUCGCGGGCGCCCUGAUGCUCUACGUCGACGCCAUCAACUUGUUCCUCUACAUCCUGCAAAUAAUUCAGCAGUUGAAAGGCGACAACUGAAUUGGAAGGGGGCGCUGCGGCCUCUGUCGCCGUCACCACCUCCGCGCGCUUUGCGGCAGGCAGGACUUACUGCAGUGCCCAACGAGGGGGCGAUGCGUUUGUGACUCCCGUUCAUCGUCAGCGUCGCCUACGAUAAAGAAAAUUUUGGAAAUGCUUUGGUGCAAAAGACGCCCGUGAUUUUAGUGAAUAAUUAGAAACCCCCAUAGCCCCUCGCCAACUAAGGUUUCGCUCAAAGCACGCGCUCGGUUUGAUUACCUGAUCCACCCACGUUCUCCCUGCGGAAAUAUUGUACGCGAUACAUUGAUGCGGAAUUUACGCGGUUCUGCGGUUUCCGCAAAAGUCGCACGCUAAGCGGUGAUCCUCUCCUCCGCUCCAGCUUGGUCGUGGCGGAAGGAAAGGCUUACCGCAAGGCAAUUUUGCCUUUGCGUGUAGCUAAAAUUAUCCGAUUCGA